AUGGGGAAACCAAGCGUUGCCAAGAAGAGGAAAGGUCCUUCGAUCCAUUCGAGGGCUGCCAGACGAGAAACAUCCCCUAGCAUCGACACGGACAAGUCGCUGAAGGCGCUGCAGCCUCCCACGGGCGAGCGAGCCGAGACACGCCCUCCGUGCUCGCGGCCCGCCAAGGAGCCGGCGCGGAACGAGAAGGGCUUCGACAAGGCCGAGGCCAUCUCAGAGCGCAUCGCGGCGAGGAUCGAAAAGAGCGUGAAGCAGGGCAAGACAAUCCGCACCAGGGGAAAGACAUGGGACGAGGUCAACGAAACGCCGGGUGCUACGAAAUCCAAAAGUAAGAAGAAGAAGGGCAGCCAGGCGGGCCACGCCGAUGAGGGCUGGGAGACGGACGAGGACAUGGAGACGGAGGAGCCACCUGUUCGGUCCGCUGGCGCAUUCCAGGUUUUGGGCACUGAGGGUGAGGACGAGGACGGUGAUGAAGAAAUUCUUUGA